AUGCUCCUCGCAUUCGCUUUCUCAUGGCUUUUGUUGCUUGCAUCACCCGUCUUCGGAGCCGAAAAUUCUGUGAAAUACUGUUCCUCGGUUAAUACGGGAUCCGACAAUGAUGCGAAUACCGAUACCUUUCAGUCUGUCGGGGCUUGCACAUCUACGUGCACGUCAGAUUAUGCAUUCGGCAUUCUCCAAGGCAAAAACUGUUGGUGCUCGAAUGUCGCACCUAAUAAGGCAACCAAUGUCAAUGUUUCAGAGUGCAACGACGGCUGCCCUGGGUACCCGUCCGACAAUUGUGGAAAUGUGGAGGAAGGCUUGUAUGGCUACAUCGUAUUGAUGGAUCAUAUGCCAUCUAGCACGGCCAGCGCAUCAGGCGCCUCUUCGACUGGAACUUCGACAGGCACCUCAACAGAGACCACAGGAGCGAGCACGACGAAUUCAGGAGAUAGUAAAGUUGAGACAAUCGGAGGCCAGGUCCAGACGGUUACAGUUGGCGGAUCAGGUGCGACCGCUGCUGCAGAUACUUCAUCGACUAGCAGCAAAGACAGCGACUCUGGGCUAAGCAAUGGCGCUGUGGCUGGUGUUGCUGUUGGCUCCGUCGCAGGUUUCCUUGCAAUCUUGGCUCUGAUCCUCAUCUGGUACUGUUCCAAGAAACGCCAACGCGCAAACAGUCCUGAUCCCAGCAUGCAAUUACUGGAUGGUCGCAACAGCAAGGGCUCCCAGAUGAGCUUCAUGAGGUCCGUCUUUUCCGACAACACUACUCUUGGAGGGUCACCUACUGCCACACGCAACCCGAACGCGACCUUUAUCGAUAACCGCAUGAAGACGAACACCGUUCUCUAUCCAAACGGUCCCCGGGAUAGCAGCGUAUCGCUUCAGGACAAUGAGGACUACUCAAGGCCUGUGCUACGGGCAACAAACCCCGAUUAA